AAUCCGUCAACGACCUCACGAGCCGCACGGCCAGCUUCUCAUCUCCCGAGUCGCACGCAUCCGAGCAUCCGCCCCCGCCCUCGCUCGUCCCGCGCCAUCACCGUCAAUAAGGUCCCCCCCCAAAGUCCAGGAGACGAACCGACUUGGAAAACCCGCAACCUCCAUAUUGCAGCUUGUACGCAACUGCCUGUCCAUAACAACGCGGUAGAAACAACGCAGGAAGCGCAAAGAAAGAAAACGGCUUCGCAACCAUGGACCCAGCUUCCGCAAACCACCCCCAGUCCGCUCGUGCCGGCAACGCGCAAGUUGCGUACGACAUCACAACAGUGGGCCACUAUGGCGCCAGUGCAGCUCUUGCCAACUCUGGCUUUGCGCCCGCGGAACUAUACACUGGCACAUGGGCCAAUGUCCACCAGGGACUCCACGGCCAAUACAAGGAUAUCCUCACGACAUACUGGCAACAUACAAUCAACCACCUCGAAUCCGACCAGCAUGACUACAAGCUUCACCAGCUGCCUUUGGCUCGUAUCAAGAAGGUCAUGAAGGCCGACCCAGAAGUCAAGAUGAUCUCAGCCGAGGCCCCCAUCCUGUUCGCCAAGGGCUGCGACAUCUUCAUCACAGAGUUGACCAUGCGCGCUUGGAUCCAUGCCGAGGAAAACAAGCGCCGCACAUUGCAGCGGUCCGACAUUGCCUCGGCCCUGAGCAAGAGCGACAUGUUCGAUUUCCUGAUCGACAUUGUGCCGCGCGAGGAGGCUUCGUCGCAUGCGAAACGUGCCAACCCAGCUGCGCAAGCGCAGAACGCGCACGGCGGCGUCCCUGCAGCCGCCGCCGGCGGACUGCCCGGCCAGCACGGGAUGCCUGGCGGGCCUGGCCACCAGGCGAUGGCGCCAACAGAGUACAACAUGGCCCACGGCAUGGCUCCGGAGCAGGACUACCGCGCGCAGACCAUGUAUGCCAACCAGGCGCCAGGGAACCCUUACGGCCAGCAAGCUCCACAGCCCAUGUAUGGCGAGAUAGACAACAUGUACAACCCCUAUCCCGGAAUGACGCAGCAGCAGUAGGAUGCUGCUGGUCAGCCUACGAAUCGGCAUGAUGGCGAAGAUGCCAAGGAUCCUGGCAUUUUGCCAAAGGAUGAAGAGACGCACUCGUCGUGCUCUGCUCGCGACGACCAAUAAAUCGACAGAAAAGCAGUUAUGUCCGGACCGCACAGAGAUCCAUGAGUUGCUGAUGCUAGCUCACAGGAAUUGUGGUUCCGAUGGCAUUAACCAGCCCCAGGUAAAUUUGUCUUCUGGUCUUGUGGUUCAUUUCAGUUUCCCGCAAGUUGAAAAAGUUGCGCGUGAAAUGUGUUGGAAGUAUGGCGUCUGGGCAGGUUUUUCCGUUUUACAUAGCUGUAUUUUUCUCCUUCCCACUAUUGGAACUUUGAAGAAGCGCUUUGCGCGCAGAGCUCAGGCUUCUUGCUGAAUAUAUGACUUUGAUGGUUCAUGAGCACGGUACACAAAUCUG